AUGUACGAACCGAGCGUGCUGUGCCCGAGCCUGCAGUACUCGUGCGACGCGUGCGGCGACCUGCCGAUCCUGCGCCGGCGGUGGGUGUGCGAGCGGUGCGAGGAUUACGAUUUGUGCGAGCAGUGUCACGCGCGACAGCACAAGCGACAGCGAGAGCGAGCGCGGGGACGACCGGAGAGCGGGAGCUCGACGACGACGACGACGACGAGCGAAGAGGACGAAAACGGAGACUUCGCGCACGACGCGACGCACGAGAUGCGAGCGUUCGCGGUGGAGGAUGACAUGGAACCGGUGACGAAGGGGAAAUUGAGGGAUUGCGUGCUGGACGCGGCGUCGAGGUGGUACGUGGAGACGCUGAGGAACGCGAAGCAGGGAGACGCGAACGCGGCGGCGUUGGCGGCGCAAAUGUUAUUGGUGGGAUACGGGUGCAACGCCGACGCGGACGAGGCGUCGUAUUGGCAAAACGUCGCGCGGAGCUCGGGGGCGAGGCGCGUGGAGGGGGUGUACGAUGAGCUUCCGUGA